AUGACCGCCAGCAACAACAGCCGCCGUGCGCCGCGUGCGUGCGCCGCCGCCGCCGCCGCCGCUCAUCGCCCGCCUACUCCUCCUCACCCGGACGGCCCGUUCCAAGCCUCAUUGACAAAGAAGCAACUUUCCGUCCCGGCUCUGGGGAUAUUGAACCAUAUCGGAUUCCAUCUAAUUUCGAUGCCUAAAAAGAGGGCUGGUCGCGUUGCAACCCCCCGCGACCCUCAGGCCAAUCAUCGUCCAAUGCCCUCGACGUCCAUCGAGGAGGGCCUGUGA